AUGGGUAAUGGUCGCAUGACACGCCGCCUCACGGGCUGCACGUCGCUGCUGUGCCUUGCCUCGGUGACGGUGCAGGGAGGGUCGCUGCUACAGUCGCGUCGCUUUCAUGGCCACGGGGGCGACCGUAACAAGCCAGUCGAGGUGGAGUUUACUCUCCCUGAUGGCGAGAAGAAGGUGGUGAUGGGCUACGAGGGCCAGACGCUGCUGGAUGUGUGUGCCGAGCAAGGACUACCGAUGGAAGGGGCAUGUGGUGGCUCGUGCGCCUGCUCCACCUGCCACGUUUACUUGGAGGAGAAGGUCAUGGACCUCUUCCAGGAGCCUACAGACGACGAGAACGACAUGAUUGACCAGGCAUUCUACCCGGAGCCAACGUCACGUCUUGGCUGUCAGCUGACUCUGAAACGCGGCGUGCAUGAUGGGCUGAAGGUCAAGAUGCCUCGUGCUACCCGCAACAUGUACGUUGACGGCGCCAAAGUGGUGCCUCACUGA